AUGAACUUCUUACGCUGGAGAAAUUCUUGGAGCAGGUUUUUUCACAAGGAUCUUUUGGGAUUGCGUAGGUAUGCAAAGGCUGCUGGCGUGGGCAUUGCCUCCCUGGGCCUUGCCCUCUCAGCCAACGCCGCCAGCGUGAAGCUGGGAGGUGACGGCGGUGCUCUGAUUUUCGACCCUGCCACCAUCACCAUCAAGGCUGGCGAGAGCGUCACAUGGACAAACAACGUGGGCUUCCCCCACAACGUCGUCUUCGACGAGGAUGCUAUUCCGUCCGGCGCCAACGCAGAGUCUCUGAGCCACGAGGAUUACCUCAACGCCCCCGGUGAGUCAGUGUCGUCUAAGUUCACAACCCCCGGCGAGUACUCUUACUACUGCGAGCCCCACCAGGGAGCUGGCAUGGCCGGCAAGGUCAUUGUGCAAUAG